AUGACCAUGGAGGAGCCUUCAACGGGGGGCAGGAGCCAAUCCAGCCUCCCUCGGACGAUUCCCUUCUGGCGACUGGUGACACAACCUGGUGCCAUUACUCAAGAAGUCUUCGAUUAUAACUAUGCAGGUUCCGGAACUGAUGAGGACCCAUAUGUGGUGUAUUGGAUGCCGAAAGAUUUUCGAAACCCUCUCCAGCUCAGCUCGCUGAUGAAAUGGGGAGUCACACUGGUGGCCGCCCUCGAAACGCUCGUCGUGGCUCUCGUCUCUUCAGCCUAUACAGGCGGCAUCGUUCAAAUUGAGGAACAAUUCCUCGUCACCACCGAAAUCGCAACGUUGGGUGUCUCCCUGUAUGUGCUAGGCUUUGCCUUGGGUCCCUUGCUCUGGGCUCCGAUGAGUGAACUCUAUGGUCGGCAGGUAGUUUUCAUCGGGACCUAUUGCGGCUUGACAAUUUUCUGCGCUGGCACCACGGGCGCCAAAAACAUCACAACUCUGCUGAUCUUCCGCUUUCUGUCGGGUUCCUUUGGCUCAUCCCCGUUCACAAACUCGGGGGGUGUGAUAGCCGAUAUGUUCGCCGCUCGUGAGCGAGGACUGGCCCUCUCGGCAUUUGCGCUGGCUCCAUUCCUCGGACCCGUCAUUGGACCGAUUGUUGGUGGAUUCCUAGGCAUGAAGGCCGGGUGGAAGUGGGUGAUGGGUCUCUUGACAAUCCUUUGCGGCGUGAUGUGGUUCAUCGGAGCAGCCUUGAAGCCCGAGACCUACGCACCUGUUCUUCUUCGUCAGCGUGCGCGGACUUUAUCGAAGCUUACCGGGAAGGUCUACAUGAGCAAACUCGACAUCGACCAAGGUCGUCCCGAACCAAAGGAGGCCAUGAAAACCGCCCUUUCUCGGCCCUUCAUUCUUCUUUUCAGGGAGCCGAUUGUGCUCUUGCUUUCAAUCUACCUUGCAAUCAUCUAUGGAACACUCUAUAUGCUCUUCGGUGCAUUCCCUAUCGUAUAUGAGAUCCAUCGAGGUUGGAACCAAGGCGUCGCAGGUCUGGCUUUCCUUGGGGUUAUGGUGGGCAUGCUGGGGGCUGUUGCUUACUCCAUCCCCGAGAAUACUCGAUACAGCAAGCUCCUCGAGAAGAACGGUGGUUAUUCACCCCCAGAAAGUCGCCUUCCUCCAUGUAUGAUUGCCUCCCUUGCUCUCCCAGCUGGACUUUUCUGGUUUGCCUGGACCAACUCUCCCUCAAUCCAUUGGAUGGCCAGUAUCGCUGCGGGUGUGCCGUUUGGCUUUGGCAUGGUCUUAGUCUUCCUCAGCGUCUUUAACUACCUGAUCGACGCCUACACAAUUUUUGCCGCGUCGGUUCUUGCGGCGAAUUCGUUACUCCGGUCAAUGUUUGGCUUUGCCUUUCCUCUCUUUACGACUUAUAUGUUCAACAACCUCGGAAUCCACUGGGCCUCCUGUGUUCCGGCUUUCCUCGCUCUAGCCUGCGUGCCUUUUCCGUUCGUGCUUUAUAAGAAAGGCUUAGCCAUUCGCAAAUAUUGCAAAUAUUCUGCACAAUCAGAAGCUUUUGUUCAGAAUCUCCUGCGGGCGGCUGGUGAAAAGAGCACAUCAUUGGAGCAGAAUGAAGAAACCAACAAAUCAAUCCCAUCAGAUGAUGUUGUCACACGAGUGCCAACUAUCGCAGAAGAGGGCGCCUCGGACGCGGUUCAAAAGCAGGGUACACCGGAGGUACUUCCUCUUCACCAUACUCUCUCCCGUGCAUCUACCCAUGUUUCUCAAAUACAAAGGGUUCCCACUUACGAUGCAAACCCGUAUAAUGUUGACCGUGUACACACCCGUGAGUCUUUCAAAUAG